UCUACGAUAUUUAUCGGACAAAUAUUUACCGAAUUUUGGAACUCCUCGAAGCGCCUGUGAAAUGAAUUAUGUGCGUUCGUCGGCUUGAACUGUUUAUUCUCAUUGUAAUAGAUGGCUAGUGCCGGGCGCUUUUGCUGAAUAAUUGCCCUUGUUUACAACAUCAUCAAACGGAUUUUAUUUAUAAAGAACGUUGCAGAAACGGAUAAAUGGCAAAUGUAUCAUUUCAGUGUGUCCAGGGAAAGGCAAUACUAUAGGGCUUUGAAGAAAUCUUUUCCCAAUUGCAUUCUUCAAAAGGAAAUCUGGCCUCUACCCAUCGCCCAGGAUAAAAGGCUCCUGGCCAAUAGAAAUCUCUCGAUGUAACUGGAAGAUUUCAAGCUCUGCCUCUGUUAACGUCAGUCACCCCUUAACGGAGUAAAGCCCAUUCAAAUUUGCGUCAUUGAAACAGUGAUGUCGGGCUGGGUUUGCUCACCGGUUCUCCUAACACUUUAGAAACAUUGUACCCGCCCAGGAGUUACCCCGAGAUGCUUCCAAGCUCCGCAGCUUCGAGCACCCCAUUCUCUGUCAAGGAUAUUUUAAACCUGGAACAUCGCCAUGAAAAGCAUUGGAUCCUAGAUCAUGCGGGCGCAACUUCGGAUGUCCUGCCUUCCUCUUGUAUGUUGGAGCAAGCGUAUCAACCCAAAUACACUGUGUUCCCGGAUCUUGGCAAUGAGCUGAUCAAACCUCCUGUCCAGAAGAGCAAUGCAGCAUUUCCAGCCCGUGUGAGUGUGACUGAUAACCCGAACUGCGGCGAGCCACGGAUGGAGAUCGCCAUUCAUAGCAACAGCCCAGAACGAAAGUCGAUGGAUAAAAAGGCGACACGCGAAGCCAGGAGGAGCGAUGCUGCUGCAGGUUCUGGGAGGAGAGCUCGCCGCAAACCGAGAGUGCUGUUCUCUCAGGCUCAGGUCUAUGAGCUGGAGAGACGCUUUAAGCAGCAAAGGUACCUGUCCGCCCCAGAAAGAGAUCAUCUAGCAAAUGUGUUGAAACUGACAUCGACGCAGGUCAAGAUCUGGUUCCAGAACCGCAGGUACAAAUGCAAGCGGCAGCGUCAGGAUAAACACUUGGAAUUGGGAGCAGCGCCCCCAGCUCCUCGCCGGGUUGCUGUGCCUGUGCUGGUAAGGGACGGGAAACCUUGCCUUGGAGCGUCCCCUUCUUACAGUUCACCGUAUAAUGUCAGCGUGGCGCCGUACAGCUACAGUAUUUACCCCACUUAUCCCAACUACAGCACUGGUACCUGUGACGGAGACUACAGCUGCAUGUAUUCCAGCGUGGCUACAAUGCAGCAGACCGCUUCUGCCAGUUCCUUCGUCAACAUGGGCAUGAAUUUUAAUGUUGGCAACGGGAAUUACUCGGCAGCGCAGUCUCAGGCUCACCAAACCCCCGGAGUCUCGGCUCUGCAAGGUUCUUUGCAUGGAAUCCGAACUUGGUAAGGAUUGCGGAUAAGAGUGAGAGACAGCUGCCGACAAUGCCAGCAAUUUUCAACGUAGAACUAACUUAAGAAGCAUGAAUUUCCUGGGAAUGGUAAGACGUUUCUGCAAAAUAAAUCGAGGAACUCGUCGUUUUAUUUAUUAUGGUAUUUUAAUUCUUUUAGAACUUCCGUCUGUUCAUAACGAACGCUUGGAUGUGUUUGAUUGCAAAACUCGAACGCCGUUCAGAUGUGUACCUUCGGUGACCUGACUCAUUAAACAGGCGUAACUCUGGUCCCAGUGUCAAAACCGGUUCUGAUAUGUCUUUUGGGAAAAAAAAAGUAACCUCUUGAAAUUGUCACUGACAGAAAUAUUUUUGUAAGGUUUGAAUCUCUAAUAAAAGCAGUGUGUUCAUUCAAUUGUGAAA